GAAAAAGAUCUCAGAUUCACCAUUCAGCGUUCACCAUGGUGAAAUCAGAGUUUACCAUGCUCGCCAUGGCGAUUGUAGAUUAUACCAUGUUCACUAUGGUGAAGUAUUCCACCACCCCCAACUCACCUUGGUGAGGUACUGUCAGUUUACCAUGGUGAAUGGUGGAUUUACCAUGGUGAAAAUGAGACACAUUUUUCCUAAGGAAUCUGCAGGAAACCAGUGCAACUUCAGCCUUUCAAUAAAUCAACAAAUCAGAAAGUUUCCACAACCUCCCCCCUUAAAAAAAUACCAACCCAGGAAAUCCAUGUAUGUGUUUAAUUUGUUGUGAUAGCUGUUUGUACAAAUGUUGUUCAAUUAACGCUGCUGUCCAUGAUUAUUCACGAUACAAUUGCCUCACUGACCACCCUUCAAAUCAGGCAUCAGUGUGUCCAGGACCGAACCAGGGUAGUUUUUGCAGCCGCAGAUUCCUCCUUUAGAUAUACAUGUAGCUGGAAGCUGUGAUCAAAAGCAGGACCUGAGGAACAUAGUCUGUCUUUAAGGCAGGCUUUGGAGAACCAACCGGUUCAGGUGGAAUACCGGUUCAGGUGGAAUCACCGUAACGACAACCACAACAAUGGCUGCUGAGAUACCUGUUUUCCCGAAAGCUUCCACUAUUUCCAUUCAUUCUGGUAAUAUUGUGAACUGGAACAUCCUUAAACAAAAGCCUUCUCAAGGUCCUACUGAAGAGCUUCUAGAUUGCAUCAGUUCGACCCUAACAAAAUGGAAGGAAGGAAUUGAUGUGAAUGAAGUGCAAUAUAAAGACAAGUUGGUGUGUGCCAAUGAGAAGUUUGUGGAGACAUUGAACCCAACAGAGAGAGGAGACCUUAAACUCACAGUGAAGAUUUUCCUCCAGAGAUGUGAUACAGAACUACUUAAAGAAAUCAUAGAAUCAGUGUUUAGAGAGUUGGAAACCAGCAUUAUAGAGACGAUCCUUAUAGCUUUCCCGGAGAACAUCCUCGAUGCUGAUCAGUUUUGCCUGGACGAUAUCAAACCAAUAUGGGAGACCAUGGAGAUGUUUGUUCAAGAGGAGAAAGUGUACUUUCUUGGCGUUAGCGAAAUGAGCAAGGUGCAGAUAGAGCAACUACAUGAUUGGGCACAGGUGAAGCCUACAGUGAACCAGGUCAAUCUUGCCUCGUGUUGUGUCAUGCCGCCAGACCUCGUCAAAUACGCCGGGGAGAGUGAUAUCCAACUGCUCACGCACAAUGACCCCAAAAGUAUCCUGCAGACUGAAUCCUUCCAGAAGGUGAUCGGCGCUAUCUUUACGACACGUGAUGCCGAGGGCUGGGAACCGCAAUGGACGGCGCGAUACUCAUGUGUCAUCAAGGGACGAGGCGUGAUUCGAUCAAAAGGUUACAUCAUGAAGGCCGCGAGGGAUUUGAAGAAAAGAAAGUAGGGACAGUGAUAUCUCUUAAAUUAUUGUACUAUUUUGGACAAUUUUGAGACCGUUGAAGAGCGUUCUUGAAUAGGUUUGUAUGAUCAUGAACUUUUUUAUACAGUUGAAACUACCUUGGUGGACACCUCUGUUAGCAAGACAGCUUCUCUAUUAAAGACACUGAUUUUCAGGCCAAGUUGGUAAUUUCCGUUCAAUCUUACCCCUGUAAUCAGGACACCUUUAUAAGGACAGCAUUUGGCAGUCCUGAGCAUGUUCUUAAUAGGGAGGUUCUUAAUAGAGUAAUUGUAUGAAUCAGACUCGUUGCAUAUAAUGAACAAAACCUCCGACACGCAGUACGUCGGUGAUGUAUGUAAUGAAAUUUGUAUAAAAGGGACAAAAAAAUGCAAGGUUGGUAAUGCAAGGUUCGCUGUAUUGGUGAUCUUGGGCGAAAUCUUAAAAUAUAAGCCAAAAUUAAAUAGGAUUCCAGUGAUUUGACGGCAGGAUUACUGAUGACCUUUUCCGGGUCACCGGAGUGGUAUUUUUAUUUGCAAUAUCGCUUUGUGUAUACUAAACAUGUAGCUGAAAUUGUUUAAAAAUGAUGUGGUAACUCGGGGCUCCUGUUGGUGUAGGACCAGGUUCAUAGACUAGUUCUGAAACUUUCAUCUGUGCAUUGUACACAGGUGGUGACCGUGGGUUAUGUCACACGGGUUUUCUCCAUCACGGACUCGAAUUUUCCUCCGUAUUUUUUUACGUACAGAAUUUCUUUCUUGGUGUAAAAAACCCUUGUUCUGAAGACAUAGGUCUGACAUUUUAACUGUUUAAUUCAUGAUACAUAAAUACGUGAUACGUGUGAAAAGUCCUUGCGUCUUCACACAUGUAAAUGCACAAUUUUCCAAUCUUGCGGAAACUCGAGCAUAGUAGUUAUCUGGUUGGAAUGAGACGUAACAUAUGGUCAGCACCUGCACUGCACUUGAGUUUUUUUAUACCUCAGUUCUUUAAAUGCAGCUUUUGUCCAUGAACAUGUGUAUAUUGUGAUAUGAUUUAUAAAUUCUAGACAUAAUAUUAUUAUGUAUUUUAAUACAAACAUGUUUUCUUGAUGGGUUCAUGAAUUGUUGUGAAAUUCACCACUUUAAAGUCCACCUGUAAAGCAGACAAAAGUUCAUUUUAGCAUCUUCAUAGUUAAUAUUUGUACACUGUUGACACUGCGUACGCUCUCGAUGGUGUCCUUAAUACUGUAGAACAGCAAAAUUUCGCGUGCAGGAUAUUUUUCGCGAAUUUGCGAGUAGGUCAUGCUCGCGAAAAUAUUUUGUUUGUCAGCAAGAAUUAUUUGUCAGUGUUGCCAUGUUUUCACAGUAGUGACAUUGGAUACAGCAGUCGAUCAAGAUGAUAUACAUUGGUAUAUUUUACACAGAUCCAAAUACAUAAGAAACAUAAAUGAUGCUCGGACUCUGCCUGCCUCAUUUUCUCCCGACCGUGCGCCUGAAUCAAUUGCCUGAUGCCAAGGGGGUAUAUUUGACCCAUCAGCUUUUAUUGAUGAAAAGGACUGGGUCAUAACUUAUUAAUUCGUCUGUAAUUACCAGGUAUAUAAUCAAGUGAACUAGCUUCUAUUUUUAGCUCACCUCUUAGCAGAGGUGAGCUUAUCCCAUACCGUGGCGUCCGUCGUCCGUCGUCGUCGUCGUCGUCGUCGUCGUCGUCGUCGUCGUCGUCGUCGUCGUCGUCGUCGUCGUCGUCCGUCGUCGUCCGUCGUCCGUUAGCAGGGCACGUUUCGUAACUGUUAGAGCUAUUGAGUUGAAACUUGGUACACAUGUACCCUUAUGUAAUGACACCUUGGAGACCAAGUUUCGGUCCGAUUCGUUUCAUGGUUUGGCCACCAGGGGGCCAAACGUUAAAAGUGAAAAUAUGCAAUAUCUCCCUUAAUAGUAGUCGGGAAAUUUUGAAAAAAAUAUGGUAGGUACUUCUAGCAAAGGUGCAUCAUAUAUCCUCCGGGUUUUUGAUUUGACCUCCUUUUCAAGGUCACAGAGGUCAAAUGGUGUAAAUUGGCCGUUAGGAUGUAACGAUGGCACGUUUCUAAACUGCAAUGACUAUUCAUACUAAAUUUGGUACACAUUUACCUCUUAGUCAGGUGAUCUCAGGGACUGAAGUUUGGUCCAAUAUGAUUCACCACUUGACCACCAGGGGGCAAAAUCCAAAAACCUUAAAAAUGUGAUUAUUCCUUAACUUCUUGCCCGAUUGCCACCAAUUUGAUAUCAUGGGUACAUCUAACCACCAUACAGUAUAUGUCACACAGGUUUUUAAUUUGACCUUCUUGUCAAGGUCACAGAGGUCAAAUGGCGUAAAUUCGCCGUCAGGCCGUAACUAUGGCACGUUUCUUAACUGCAAUGACUAUUGAUCACAAAUUAAGUACACAUGUACCCCUUGGUCAGGUGAUCUCAGGUAUCGAAGUUUGGUGCGAUCUGAUUUGCCGUUUGGCCUCCAGGGAGGGGGCCAAAUCCUAAAUUCUUCAAAAUGCCAUAAUUCCUAGUAAUGACUUGCCCGAUUGGCACCAAUUUUAUAUCAUAGGUACAUCUAAUUCUAACAACCAUUCGAUGUGUCACCCGGGUCUUCUUUGAUUUGACCUACUUUGCAAGGUCACAGAGGUCGAAUGUACUGUAAAUUGGCCAUUUUGGGGAAAUUGUAAUUGCUUGGACCUACAUCAAACCUAACACUACAUGACACAAUACAAUGCUCUUUAUCCAUCUUUCCUCCACAUGAGGUGAGCACAAUGGCCCUGGCCAUUUCAUUUAAACCACCCCCUGUUUUGUUUAUAUGAUGAUCACAAAUGUAUAUAGUGCUACAUAAUCCCCCUCGUAUGACUUCACAUUCAAUAAAAGUGAGUGAAUGAAA